GCCAAAACACCAAAUAUUUUGAUAUACAUUUACAAAAAUAACAACUAAGUAUAUUCGGAAUUCAUUGUAAAAAUGGGUAAAGCAAAAUGCAUUUGUGACACCGUCAGCGUAUUAGAGAAAAUACAAGAAGAAAGAAAAAAGUUACCAAAACCCGAAAUAAAUGAGAUUAGACUGAAUUUGUUUACUGAAAGAAACUCUGAUGGAACUGGGUAUCUCAUGCUGAGAGGCUUAGACAUCCAAGGAAGGUAUAAACGUCGAAUACAAGAUACAGAUAUCCGGGCCAUAUGUCGGUAUAUCAAACACUCCCCGAGACGAAUAACUAGACUGGAUCUUAGCUACAAUUACAUCACAGAUAAAGGAUUCUUCAAAUUACUUAAAAAAUUACUCGUUAAAGGCCGUUCGAGUAUUAUAAACUUAAAUAUAAUGAAUAAUCGAUUGACUCGUAUAUCGAUGGAAGCACUAGCAAAGUACGCGAAAGUUUUAAAGCUAAAAUACUUACGAUUGAAUGGAAAUCGAUUCGGCACUAAAGGUGGUGAAUUCUUCGCUAAAUUCUUGGAAAAUAAUACUUCUGUUGAGUACUUGGAUAUAGGAGAAACGAAUCAGACAAUAACGAGUAUCGCUCAAAUAAUCACGGCUUUAAGAAUCGAUCACGGAGCGAACACAACGUUACGAGUAUUCGAUUUGAGUCGAAUAAUGCCGCUUUUUAAUCGAUAUCCUUACGAAUCGAAAUGGUUUUCGUAUCACAUCGAGUAUUUGCUUGAAAAGAACUCUUCUAUUAUUGAAUUACAUUUACAAAAGAACCAAUUAAUGUCACAUGAUAUCGAAUACUUCGUAAGAGGUUUGAGAAGGAAUGAAACGUUAUUAUACUUAGAUUUAGCGUUUAAUAGUAUUGGUGAUUAUGGGGCUGAAUUAUUAGCCGAAUAUUUAGCCGAAGGACCUCAAUUAAUCCUUUUAAAUAUCGCCGGGAACUCCAUUAAUGAUACCGGAGCGAGAGCCUUAAGUUUCCGGCUGCCAUACUCAAAAAUCCGCGCUCUUGACAUCGGCCGUAACAAUUUGACAGAUAGUGGUGUGACCGACAUCUUGAAUACGAUAAAAAAACCGUUCUUUUUACGGUUUUUGAAUAUUUGGGGGAAUAAAAUUGGCCACGGUUCUUGUGUUAUUAUUGAAAGAAUGUUGCUAAGUGGUGCGUUGUUCCAGCAUACGAUUGAUGUGAAACUUUAUGAAGUAGAUGAGGUUUUAUAUGCCGCUUAUUACCCAAACCCGGCGAACAGAAACAAGCAUUUGUAUUACGAUGAAUUGGACUUUGGUGUACCACAGCCGAUUUACCACAUCACUAGAAAUGUUAUUGAAGAAAAGAAAAAAGUUAUGGUCGAUUGCAAACAGAGACAUAAGUUGGAUAAAACUGACAAAUAUAAUUUUUGAAAUACUUGAUGUCGGCCUUACACUUUAAGGUUUGCUUACAAAAGUGUGAGGUUGGGGUAACAUAUCUACAUACUUAUAUAUUUUGUAUUUACUUAUUUAAUUUUAUAUGGUUUAAGUUUCUACUGUUUGGCAAUAUUUGAAGUCAUUGUUUCUCGUUUAAUUAUGGUUUAUUUUACUUAAUUUAGUAAAUGGUUUAUGGUUGUAAUUUUCAGUAUUAUUUA